AACAAGAUAGAACUUACAUCAUCAGUCAGAGUAAUGUGAUUGCUAGAAAACAUUACUACAUAUGUCUUGGCCUCAAACAAAAUUUCAGUUCUACCUAAAAAAAUUUUGAAAACAUUAUCAAAAUUCAAAAGCGGGGAUUCAUAACAUAAAUGGCUAAUAUAUCGUCUCGAUUAGCGCGAAGUAUUAAUGCUUUUCGACGAAUUAGGUGCAGCUUACCUGCGACACUUCGACACUUCCAUGAACGCAACAAUGGCUCUGGCAUCGAUGAUGGCCUCAAAAAACAACAGCAAAAUAAGAAUAAAUUGGACACCCGAAAAGAAAAAGCUUCUGGCGAAAGUAGUAACAAGUUUCUAAGCACCUCAGAUAAAAGUGCUGAAAGCACUAAUAAACAAAGGGAGGAAACGAUUCCAAGCUGUAAAAGCAAUAUCAAGGUAAUGAAGAGCUCCUCAACUUCCAAACCCUCCAAGAUACAUUGUUGUGAGAAAACGAGUUCAAGUGGAUCCUUUGGUAAAGUUGGCCAGAAUUAUUGUGGCGUUGAAGCGACUGCAAUGACAGCGGACAAGUCGGUCAAUUCAGUCGAUUCACAUGUUUCCGCAACUAAAGCUGGUAGAUCUCAUACUUCAAUUAAAUCUGGUACAAUUUCGAACACUGGUUCGGAUAAAAAAACUCAAGAUAACAAAGCUAUUUUGGUCGAAUCUAUAACUAAAGCUGGCAAAUCUAAUUCUUCAAUUCAACAUGGUAAACUUGCACCGAAAAAUUCGGAUAAAAAAUGCAAAAAUAGCGAACUGGUUUUAGCUCAAACUAAAUCGGUAGGUGAACAAGAUUUUGAGAAAAAAUUGGAUUUUACCAACAUUGAAAAGGUUUGCGAGGAGAAUAUUGAAUACAUUAAGAACCUAUUAAAUAAUGCAAAACUCGAUUCAAAAAUGAAGAGUAUAGAACCGGAUGUCUCUGCAAAAGAAGCAACGCGCUCUUCAGAUAAUGAUUACUUGAGAAUUCCCUCUCACGAAGAUGUUCAUCGUGCAAGUUUGCAACAACAAUCUUUAAUUCAUGACUUCGAUUCACAUAUUGCUGGCGAGAACGAAAAAAGCUCACCAAAACCACAAAGCCUAAGAAUACCAGCUCAUGUUCCCGAUCAUGAAAGAGAUAAGAAUAUUGUUGACAAUACUGCAUCCAAGAAAUCAAUUGAUCUGCAAGCUAAGCCCAAUGUUCCUCUUAUUUUUGAGAAAUCCAAACUAAAAGAUCAGAGUAAAUCAUUUAAAAUAACGGAUAUGCUAUCAGAAAGUUCAAAUGAAACCCCUUAUGCAUCUUUUGUGAAAAAUUCGAAUAUUUGUAACACAAAAGGCUUAAAGGACUACUAUUAUGAAAAAGCGGAUUCCAGUCCUGCAAACGAUAGUCAAGCUGAAAACGAAUCUUCGACGAUAACAUUGGGAAGUACCGACGAGCCAUACGUUUUUCCAACGAAUAUUGAGAGCGGCAAUUAUUUGGAUGAUCACCAAGAUAUGAACUCAUUGGGACACAAACACGAAGAUGUGGAGGACUUUGAUGUUGAAAUGAGUGAUUCAAAAUCAGAUAAAAUAGCAAAAUUAAAAAAAUCGGAUUCAUUUGAUAUUACGGAUAAUAAUUUCAAUGAAAUGGAUACUCGGUCCGGUUACACGAGCGAAUCAUUUGAUGAUAUUGACAUGGAUUCCAGUUUAUCAACUAAAUUGAAUGAGAAAGCUGAAUAUAUCACAUAUCCGAGCAAUAUUCCAAACAAUAUAACUGGCAAAACACCUUUGAGGGGCACAGUUGCAAUGUUACUUGAGGCCAAAUCGAAAAUUCGCGCAGAACAAAAUUUAAAUAUUACUGAUAAUGACUUAGUAUGUGAUCAGUCAACACGUUUUGGUGGUAAUAUUGGUGAAUACAAUAAUACUGGAAUUGGAACGAACAAUAUCGUAUCCAAAAUGAAUACUGAUAAUUCAGAGUUUGAAUCCAAGACUGGAGUAUCAUCAGUAGCAAGACCAUAUGAAGAAGAAUAUCAUAAGACGAUUGGUUCUCAAAUUAUUGCCGAAUUUUCAGGAAAUGAUUGUAUUGAAAAUGAGACAUCAUCAUCAAAGUUUAAUGCAGUCGAUUCAGUUCUCGAACUCAAGAAAAGUAGUAAAAGGCAUAAAUCGUCUGAAAAUAGAAAAAAGGUUUCAACAAAAUCAAAUGAAACGUACAAUCCAGUUGACUCCAUUUUCGAAUUAAAAUCAAUGCCACAUAAAAAAUAUUCAAAUUCAGCCGGCACUUCAGGAACUUCAGAGAAAGAAAAUUCUGGAACGGAAAAAACAGUAAAAUCUGAGAGCAAUUUAACACCCGGUGAUCUCUAUAAUUCCACAUCUGAGUGUCCUUCGCAUGAUAACAUGAUAAGCAACGAAGCAACAUUUAAAAGAGUUGAAUUUCGAUCUGGUAAAUUUGGUAAAGUCCCCAAACAGUAUGCUUCUAAAAUUCGAAAAGAGCUUCGAAAUAAGAUUGCAUCUAAGACAGAAUAUAAUGUAAAGAAUCGGAAGCGUAACCUAAGUAAGACCGGUAAGAGUGGCGAAAACAGCUCAAGGAUUGUAAUGUUAAAUGAAAAAAAUGCGGAUAAAACCUUGAAACAAAAUUAUACACCAAAAUCAAAAAUAAACAACAGAUCACAAUUCAAUUCUAAGACACAAAUUGACAAUUUAGGAAAUCAUAAUGAUAAUGAAACUUUGCAAGAGACGUAUUCAAAAUACGAAAGGGAAAUUAAAUCGGAAAACCGUUUAACACCAGGGGAUCUUUACACUCAGCAAUCAGAAGGAGAUCUGUAUGAAGACUGGGAAACUUCACGACCAAAUAGAAGAAAAAUAAAGUACGAAUUAGAUCAUAAGCCUAGCAAAUCUGAAUAUAAGGACACAGCUACAUCUAAAGUCGAAGAAGAUUGUAAAAAUUUGGACACAGAGAACCAUCUAAAUGAUUUUAAAUCAGAAAGCAAACAAAAAUCUAAUAUCCAAACUGGAGACGAUUUCACUGAAAUACAAGAAGGCGAUAUUAAAAAAGUGGAAGAUACGAAGGCUCUAAGAGAUAAACACGAUGAUGAGGAACUUGAGUAUGCCAAACGAUAUCUUAACAAAGCCAAACGUCUUCAUGAUGCUGAAAAAAAGAGGAGUAUGGAUCGCAAAAAGCGAAUGAGAAAUAGUCCACGCCGAAAAAGCAAAAAAUCAAAAUCAAAGAUGACAUUAUCUGAAUUUUUGUCUAAAUUAGUGACUAGUAAGGACGAUAGCAAUAUGGGCGGGGGUAAUCGAAGACAUUUUUCCACUUUGUGUAAUGUUCAUAUGUCAAUUUUAAAUUCAAAGAACUAUGCAACACCGAAAAUAACACAAACAAAAAAGAAAAGUGAUUCCUUCAUAUCGCCGGACUUAUCAAAGCAAGGCCUCGGUGCUGCCUCUAUAAGUCAGGAGCGAAUGAAAUAUCAAAAACAAAGAAAAGUGCAAGAAUCGACGACUGAAAGUCAUUUGGUUGAGUUUGAUGAUGAAAGAAUUAAAAUACAGGGAGGCUCUCUUAAUGAACAGAAACACAAAAAGCGCGUUGAAGAGAUCAAGAGGGACGACGAGAAAUUCGAUACUCAAAUUCAAGGUGGAUCUCUCCGUACCAAAGAUAAAGGAAUAUCGAAAGAAAUUCCUAAGCGAACCAUUCGAAAAUGCAACAAUUGGAGUCAAAAUAUUUGGGAAAGCUUUCGGCAUUAUCGGUUCCCAUUUGUUGGAAAUUCAAUGUCAUAUCGAGUCUGUCUUUCCAGAUACUUGCAAAAUGACCCCCAAGAAGAAUGAAGGAAUUUAACAAAUCGCUUUGAAAAUAAGUUUCGGACAAUUAAGACG